AUGAUAGAGUAACUUGUAUAGCUAUUAUUUACAGGGACUUACGUCCUUACUGUGACGCGACUUGGGCAGCUGUGACCAGUUGUUGUUCAAACACUUUGGAGGGAACCCUUCGUGUGCCGCGCCCUGGCACUCAUUAUACGCCUGCGACUGAACAAUCAACUAAGACCUACAUAGAGCAGCUCUAGGAGCGGUCAUAACCAUGAGCCAGACUGCGCCCCAGCAGGAAGUGUUCGAGGAGGAGCAGGUCGCUGUAGAAUGGACUCCGGAGCAAGUGGAGCAGCAAUUCCUGACGUUCCUGGACACUUACAAAGAGCCCGACGCCUAUGACGACGAGCCAUACUACAUCAAGACGCUGCGCAGCGUCAAAGCGGAGGACAAAUGCACCGUCUACGUGAACAUCCUGCACCUCAACGAGUUCGACCAGGCGCUGUGCGCACACGUCAUUGCACAGUACAGCCGCAUCGAGCCGUCGCUGCGCCGCGCGCUCAACACGUUCAUCAAGCAGAACGAGCCUGGGCUGGUGGAGGGUGCUGACGCGCGCGAGUACUAUGUCGCCUUCGUCAGCUCCUGGCCCCAGCGCAUGCGCGACCUGCGCACCAGCAAGCUGGGCCAGCUCACGGCGUUCGCGGGCACCGUCACCCGCACCAGCGAGGUCCGCCCCGAGCUGCUGUACGGCGCCUUCAAGUGCAUGGAGUGCAACACCAUCGUGCGUGGCGUGCCGCAGCAAUUCAAGUACUCGCCGCCCAUCAUGUGCUCCAAUCCCUCGUGCGGCAACAAGAGCCACUGGUCGCUGGUCCGCGAGCAGUCGGUGUUCUGUGACUGGCAGCGUCUCAAGGUGCAGGAGGCCGUGGAGGAGGUGCCUGCCGGCAGCCUGCCCCGCACCAUGGAUGUGAUCAUGCGGCACGAGGCGGUGGAGACAGCCAAGGCGGGCGACAAGAUGGUGUUCACCGGCCAGCUGGUGGUGGUGCCGGACGUGGGCUCGCUGGCGGCGCCGGGCGAGAAGGUGCACCUCAAAGAGAGCUCCCGCGGCCGUGACGGUGGCGACGGCGUGAGCGGCAUGGGCAAGGGCGCGGGCGGCCGCGAGCUGACCUACCGCGUCAUGUUCCUGGCGUGCGCGGCGCAGCCUGCGGACGUGACCAAGGGCAUGGUGAACAUCCGGCCCGACGUGGACGAGACCACCGAGGGCAUCAUCGCCGAGUACCACGACGGCGGCCAGUCCAUCCUGUCCAUGACGCGCGACCCCAACAUCUACCAGCAGCUCACAAAGAGCAUCUGCCCCUCCGUGUUCGGGCACGACAGCAUCAAGCAGGCCGUGCUGCUGAUGCUGUUCGGCGGCGUGCACAAGAAGACCGCGGAGGGCAUCAACCUGCGUGGCGACAUCAACGUGGCCAUCGUCGGCGACCCCUCCUGCGCCAAGUCCCAGAUCCUCAAGUACGUCUCCAACUUCCUGCCCCGCGCCGUGUACACCAGCGGCAAGGCCUCAUCCGCCGCCGGCCUGACGGCCUCCGUGGUCAAGGAGCCGGAGAACAACGAGUUUGCCAUUGAGGCCGGUGCGCUGAUGCUGGCCGACAACGGCAUCUGCUGCAUUGACGAGUUCGACAAGAUGGACGUGAAGGACCAGGUGGCCAUCCACGAGGCCAUGGAGCAGCAGACCAUCUCCAUCGCCAAGGCCGGAAUCCAGGCCACCCUGAACGCGCGCGCCUCCAUCCUGGCCGCCGCCAACCCCAUGGGCGGCCGCUACGACAAGUCCAAGCCGCUCAAGUACAACGUGGCGCUGCCGCCCGCCAUCCUGUCGCGUUUCGACCUGCUGCACGUGAUGGUGGACGAGACCACUGAGGCCACCGACGCGCGCAUCGCCACACACAUCGUCAACGUGCACCGCUACCAGCAGUCCGCCUUCGACGUGCCCUACGACACCGAGUCGCUGCAGCACUACAUCCGCUACGCCCGCGCCAUCAAGCCCGAGGUCACUCCCGAGGCGCGUGCGGAGCUGGUCCGCUCCUACAAGGAGCUGCGUGCCGACGACGCGGCGCCCGGUACCCAGAGCAGCUACCGCAUCACGGUGCGCCAGCUGGAGGCGUUGGUCCGCCUCAGCGAGGCCAUGGCGCGCGUGUACUGCGACCCCCUCAUCAAGCCCUCCUACGUGCGCGAGGCCAAGCGCCUGCUGCGCGCCUCCAUCCUCAAGAUUGAGCAGUCCGACACGCUGCUGGACGACGACCUGGGCGUGCCGCCCACCGACCUGCCGGCUGGGGUGGCGCGCCAGCCCGAGGACGCGCCCGAGGCGCGCAUCGAGCGCGGCGAGGACGUCAAUGCCGACGAGAACGACGAGAACGCACCGCCUGGCGCCAACGUCGGCGAGAAGCGCGGAGCGGGUGCGCCGAUGGAGGACCGCCAAGCAAAGCGCCUGCGUGCGGACCCGGAGGCCGCCGCCGCCGCCCCGGCGGCUGGCGGCGCGCCGCCGGCCAAGGAGCCGAUUCGUGUGUCGGCGCAGAAGUUCAACUACGUCAAGAACAUGCUGGCCAAGAAGAUGAUGGAGGUGCGCGACGCCUACCUACGCCAGCUGCCCGCCGUGCGGCCAGAUGGCGACAGCGCGGACGAGGCGGCGACGGCGCAGCUGCCGGAGAGCGGCAUUCGCCAGGAGGAGCUGAUGCAGUGGUACAUGGACGAGGAGUCGCUCAAGGGCAAGCUGCCCACCACUGCGGCGGCCCUGGAGGAGGUGGAUGUAGUGCGCAAGAUCAUUGCGCACCUGCUGAAGAAGGGCGACACGCUCGCCGUGCUCAGCCGGCCCAAGCGCAAGGAGGGCGAGGAGCAGAAGCCCUGGGAGGAGCGCUACCAGAACGAGCGCGUGCUGCACCUGCACGAGACCUACGCGCCCGAGCUGGACUAGAGCUCCGCCUAACGUGAUGCUUCUCGGGUUGCGGCAGCGUUGGAUGCCGGCGGACAGUGUGUGCAUGCUGCGCAGGUGGUGUGCAUUGGGUGCGGUAUGGCGAGUGCUCGGCAUGCUGGAUGUGGCUUGGGAAUGGCCGGAUGUGGGGCCUUGGAUGUGUUGCGUGUACUGGCGCCGAAAGGCUGAGGGUGGAACGUGUUGGUUGCACAGUAGGCCUGCUACAGUGCUAGGUGCCCAAGACGCGCAUUGUGGUCGGAUAAGGAGUGGCGGAGUAGUGAGCAAGGAGUUGCAGGACCCAAAGCUGGGGGCAAGCCCCCUCCACAGAACAUGAGAGGCCAAGGUUGGGGCCAGCUGCUCCACCUGGCCGCGAGCUUGAGCGGGCCAAGGAUUACCGUUCCCCCAGCAUCCUGGGGCGCAGGUUGAGGGUUGGCUGUAGUGCGUGUGAUGACGGAUUUCUGGAGGAGACCCAAAGGCAGCCUGUGGGCCAAACUGUCUCUGGGUAACUCCCGGCUUGCUGACAGGGUCGGCUUUGACACGUGGGCGGGCCAACCUCUUGGCUCUGGAAACUGCUUGCCUGUGAAACCUAAGUCCCCGGAGAUGGCCCUUAAGUUGCAGCCUUUGCAGACCAGUGCAAGACGUCGGGUGGGUCGGUCAGUGACUGGAACCGGUCGGUCUUGGUGAUCUCUGCUGCCAUAUCAAUGCUGGGCACCCCUGCUUGGUCGGACUGUCCCUUCUUGCAAUGUCGCAUACUCGCAUUCAUAU